ACCGCAGGCCACUGCGCACUGAUAUAAGUUGCGGGAGGGCAGGUGGACCAGCAGUGCCGCACAGCUCAGGUCGCCUCCACCGCCCCCGUCGCCGCCAUGCCUGCCUCUAAGGGUUCCCGCUCUUCCUCCAAGAAGGCCAAGAAGGGAGGAAGCAAUGUGUUCGAUAUGUUCACACAGAAGCAGGUGGCGGAGUUCAAGGAGGGCUUCCAGGUGAUGGACCGUGACCGCGAUGGCAUCAUCAGCAAGGACGACCUCCGUGGUGUGUUCGACGAGAUCGGCCGCAUCACCAGCGACUCCGACCUCGACGAGAUGAUCUCCGACGCCCCCGGACCCAUCAACUUCACCACCCUCCUGCACAUGUUCGCCUCCCGCUCCUCCGGUGAGAGCGACGAUGAUGAUGUGGUGGCUGGUGCUUUCCGCGCCUUCGAGAAGGAGCCCGGCCAGAUCGACUCCGAGAGCUUCAAGACCAUGCUGAUGGCCUUCGGUGACAAGUUCACCUCACAGGAGGUUGAUGACGCCUUCGAGCAGAUGGACAUCGAUGAGGACACCGGCAUGAUCGACUCCAACAACCUCAUCUCCAUGCUGUGCGCCGGUGCCGGCAAGGAGGGCGAGGAGGAGGCCGCCGCAUAGUGUGUGUACCCCCCUCCUUCCAUCCCGACCCUCACGCCCGCAGGAACUAUGGGUGGCGAGUAGUGACGCGCACCAGCAGGCCAGAUUUUGCUCGCGUCCUGUGGCUGUGGCACUCAGGCACCAAAGGGGAACCUCCUGCUGUUGCUGCUGCUCCUGCUCCCUCCCUUCCCCCUCUAGCUCUCUUUCUGUCUUCCCGUCUCAUCACUCGCGCCAUCCAUCUAUCAUCUCACCCAUACUUCUUACGGGCCACGACACUGCUAGUCCUCCCCGCGGCGGCCUCCACCAGCCCCGUGUCCGCCCACCACCGUCUCCAUCGCCGCGCGGCUCGGGAGCGGCGUUGAAAAAGUCGCGUGUGCCGCCGCCACCACAGGGAGGGCACGCCGCUCCCACUACCUUGGACCAGACAGUGAACAAGUGUUAUGUGAACCGCCACUCGUGCAGUGAAUGUGGCCACCGCCGGCGUCUCAGGGUCGUCGUCGCACGUGCAGCUGUGGUGCCCGUGAGGGAUGUCAUAGGGCCGUCGUCGUGCGCACAGCUGUGGCUUCCGGCGGCGUGCGGAACUGCUACGCCACCAUCAGGCAGCGGUGAUUCUCCCCCAAGGGAGACACCGUCAGGAUUGGCAUGUGAAAGACACAACAAUAAAAUCUUUUACUAUGA